AUGGCCCGACGUCACAAUGGCUACUAUGUUUUCAUAGUUUCUAUGUUGAAUAUUCAGUUGCAACGAAAGACAAUCGAAGUGCUGGAAGCUUAUACAGAUGCCAUUGGUGAUCAUUUCGCAGAAGAGUUCACCGAGGAUGCAUCUUUAGAAUGGGAUUGUUUUGCAGAUGAAAAUUAUGACAUCAUAUGUCAUGCGGAAAAAGUUGAUGAUUUUUACUGGGCUGACAUCAGUAAGACGCAGUCUACUGAUAAAAAAGAUUAUCCAGUUGGAGAUGGACAGAGUCUGGAUCAAAAUUCAUCCUCUCUACAAACUACAAUCUGGACACCGUUCAAAGAGAAAAUACCACGCAAAGAAAACUCAACUGAACUUUUAUCCGCAACAUCUUCCAUGACGGAUUAUUUCAGUUGUUUUGAUUCAGAUUCUGACGAUGAAGAAAGGAAAGAAACUCGGCAUUUUGAUGCAGAGUUCUCUAGUUUGAAUCUCUGUCUAAAUAUCUCAGUUACGGAUAGAAACAACGAGCCUCGGAUUUUCAUUACUACAAAGACGGAGAGAAAGAAUCAGUCCCCAGAAGGAAAUUCCAGAUGGCUGUCUGAAGAGACAGAUCUACUUUGCAAUGCGUCAGAAUCCUCAUUUCUUUCCGAAUUCGAUGAUUACGAAUUCAUCAAUUUUUCGGAUUUGCAUUCCAUGGUAAAUGACCAGAACAAUUUAAGUGUAACACGGUAUCGCCUAGUAGACAUUUCAGAUUCAGAUAUGGAAUACUUUCUGGAACACGUUCCCGAGGCAGAUAUACAGCCAAAGGAAUUUUUGCCUUCAUGGUGUCAAAUUUUCAAACCAAGUACCGAGGAAAUUUUCAAACCAAGUACCGAGGAAACAGAAAAGGAGGUAACAAAGCAUGAUGUUAGAAGUAUUGUGGACUCUUUUGAGAGUUUGAUCAAAGCAGAAGAAGACAGCUGUAAAACGUCAUCUCCAAAAAUUAGAAAGGACGAUCAGGUCAAUGUGAAAGUUGAAACUGAAUUGGUUAAAAGGGCUGAAAAGAACUUCGAAACAAACACACAGGAAACAGUUACUACAUUCAUAAUGGAUUAUGAAGAAGAUUAUACAGACGAAUGUUUUCAGGUCUUUCGAAAGUUAAGCGAACGCAUCAUACAAGAAAGUUUCCACGAACUAGAAUUGGAGUCACAGUGUGAUUUGUCAUUAAUGAACACUGAACAGGUUAUGCCCUGUGGUGGUGGAAUUGAGGCAUCGAAUUUUGAAGGAGAACAAAGCCAGUUCAUCAAUACAACAAAGUAUCUAAGCAUCGAGGAGAAGAAAGUUCCACUUGGUCAAGAGGAUGAUGAGAAGUUUAUAAUGGCUUUGGAAGCCACAAAAAUUAAAGAUCAGGCAACAAAACUUACAAUUCAGGCACAAAUGAAUUGUGAAAGAGAAGAAAUCGUCAAAAGCAUUUUCUAUACUCAGGAAAAGUUUAGUUUGCCUUCUGAAAUGCCAAUUCAAAUAAAAGAGAAGUAUUUUGAACAAAGCAAUGCGCACACAUCUAAGGACAUUGCUAUGAUAGAUAAAGGGAGUAUGGAGAACGAAACGGACCAGGAAGUAUGGCGCAAACAAGGUCAACUGGUACCUGUCGCAUGUACCUCUGUGGAAAUUCCUUCGCAAGUGAUUAUUAGUACAUUGACACCAGUAUAUAACGCUUUAGAAGAAUACAAUGAUCACCGUUACAUUUGUGCAGGUGAUACUGUCCCAAAGGCUGCAACAUUCAGCAAACCACCAGCUUCCUACAAGGAAAAUGUUCCUGUAAGAAUCGGCCAACAAAACCGAGAAUAUAACACACGUAGUUUUUUCACAAUCUUUUUAGAUCAUUUAGAUUAUACGUCCGCUCCUGUGCAAGAAUACAUCCAAGAGGAACAAGAAAUGGUAUGGAAUAAAUUCGGACAAAUCGUACCAGUUAAGGAAAAUUGCUCAAACUUUAAACAGGAACAAAAUGCUUAUUCACUUCUCCCUUUUCAACAAGAAAACAGCAGUAUGGGAGAACAAAAAUCCAAGCAUCCUUUGCAAACAACUUCAACUAGAAGUACAGGAGAAGAGAACAUCCGUACUGUGGUUCCUCUACAGAAAAAUUUGUUCGACUCACAAAAAGGGGAUGGGCAGAGGUUUAGAAAUGCCAGAGAAAUGAGGAACGGAAAAAUUGUACCUACACAGGUACACAUUGGAUCUCUUCCUUUACACCAAGCAGACAAUAGUUUAUAUAAUCAAAAACACUUGAACCCUAUGGAAAACACUCCUUUCAGAACUGCUGAUAAAGAAAAGAAUCGUACUUUGGAAUCUUUGCAGAAAAAUUCGUUUGAGACACAAAAAGGGGUUGAGCAGAGGUUUGAGAAUACCAAAAGAAUGAGAUGUGAACAGAUUGUACCUGUUGAGGAAGAUCGCUUCAAAACUACACUGGAACAUCUUCCUUUACACCAAGCAAAGAUAAGUCAGGGUAAUCAAGAGCAAAAAGACCCUCUCCAAAACGCUUCUCACAAUAUUGCUGAUAGAGGGUACAAUCGUAAUCUGGCGUGUCUUCAGAAAACGCUGUUUGAGUCACAAAACGGUGAUGGGCACAGUUUUAUGAAUGUUAAAGGAAUGAAGGAUGGAAAAACUACACAGCACACCAAAGAGGAACUGUGUGGCCCAGUGUCAAAAUACACACAGAAACGUCGAUCCAGAAUGACACAAGACAAGCCACAAGAAACUCGGUCAGAGCUUACAAACGUACGAAACAUAUCGGAAGUCCUUGGAAAAAUUGAGAAAAUCUGCCUUGGUAAGACUGUGCAUCUCCGGCAGGAGUACAUUAUCCAAGACAAAGGGAACAUUUCAACUGAUAUAUUCAAACUGGCAUCAGAUCAUGCUGCAGUUCCAAAUCCUUGCGUUUUCCAGAAAAGUUACGAGCCUGCGCGAUUGAAUUCUGAAAAAUAUCAAUUCAAGAAAGGGAAUCGAAGCUCAUUACCGGCAUCUGAUAAGAACACAAAGAAAAGCCAUGGAACAGGCCAAGUGGAAGAUGAUGGGAACAGAGAAAAUACACUCAAAUUGCAAUAUCAGUCGGCGGAGAGUACAAUUAGACUAGAAUAUACUCGUCAAGAUGAAGUCAAUGCAGGCUUACAAAACAAACAGGAGCAGGAUCUAUCCCUGGUACCUGCCGGGAUACCUGGGCAUCAAGAACCACUUCCAAUUAACAAGCAUUCCAAGAGGAUUAUCGAACACGGCAAAACUGUUUACAUGGAUGAAAAUAGCUGGCGUUCACAGGGUAGAGUGGCUAAAUUAUGUAAAAUUUUUGAAGACAGUGGGUCGAAAGUACCGAAAAUUACUUAUCGUCUGUCACAGGGAACCAACAAAUCUCCAGCAGUAAAACCACAGCCCCGUCUUAUAGUAAAGGAGGAGGGUCCAAAACAAGCUACCAGCAAAAAAGAAGACAAGUCUCCUAAAAGAUUUGACUUUGAUAGAUAUCUCCAAAAGAGAGGGGAAAACUUAAUGACAAGGAAGGAUCACAAUGACAUCAGUGAUGAGUCCUAUUACCAUGUGGCAAAGUUGCUGACUAUCCGAAUCAUUGCCAAUGCCAGAAUAGAAGUUUCCAGGGAGUAUAUUGAACACGAUUACUCCAAACAAAAGACAGCGAGAAAAGAAAAAUUGGAUGUUCCCCCAAGAACUAGCUUCCCACAAUCAACUUGCUGCAGUGCCAAUAUGUUGAACGAUAAAAUUUGUAGAAGAGAUGCAAACGAAUUUGCUCCUCAUCAUUCCAAACAAACAUCAGAGCUAACACAGCUGCAACGGAAUAAGAAGAAUGAAAAACCAAAGAAUGUUGUGUCAAGCAAAACAUAUCGUAAAACUUCAAAGGAAGAAGCUCAGCCAAGGGAAUAUGAAGAAAGGAAAGCUUCCGGACAGCAUCAGGGGAGACAAAGAGUUUGGCUGAGGGAGGCAGAGCAGUGUAACGGUUACCUCCCCAACCCUCCAAUAGACCAGAAAAGAAAACGAGUUCAAUUCGAUGUCUAAAAACAUAUCUGUUAAAAAAAGUCAUUUCUGUGAGGUUAAACUGUGAAGUAUCUAAUUUUUUUGCAUGUAAAAUAAAAUUUA